AUGGACAUUUCGUUUUAUGAUAACAUCAACCCUCAAAAGAUCCCUUUGAACUAUACGCUACCAUUGGGGAAUGCUGAUGAUGUAUAUGUAGUCACGUUUGGAGUGCUUGAUGAUUAUGUUGCUAAUUCAUUCCAUUACAUAGUGGUGUACAGUGUUGGAAUUGGUGCGUGUUUGACGCUUUCGUUGGCAUUAUGGGCCAGUUGUCAGAAUAAGCGGACUCCAAUAUUUGUGUUAAAUCAGAUUACGAUGUUAAUGAUGGUGAUAGUUUCGGCAUUGUACUUAGCAUUUUUCAUGGGCCCAUUAUCGUCGUUAAGUUUCUCGUUUACGGGGAUACUAAUACCUCACACGUAUGGGUCGUACAGGGUUACCGUGGCUGCGAAUGUGUUCCAGACAUUAUUGGUUGCGUGCAUCGAAGUGUCAAUGUCAUAUCAAAUAUUUAUAAUUUUUAGGUCUCCCGAGGUAAGGCGACUAGGGACUGCUCUCACGAUCGUAUCGGCUGCUGCUGGACUCACGGUGGUUGGGUUUUACAUAAAUAGCACUGUGUCGAGUGCGAGAAUGUUUAGAGACGUUUUCAAUCAUUCUACCACAACUCAGCGAGUCGGAUCCUGGGUCACAGAUAUGCCCUUCAUCUUAUUUUCCGUCUCCAUCAAUUUAAUGAGUUGUAUUCUAGCUUGUAAAUUAUUUUUUGCUAUUAAAACUAGACGUUAUUUGGGGUUAAAGCAAUUUGAUAGUUUUCAUAUAUUGUUUAUUAUGUCAACUCAAACAAUGAUCAUUCCAUCUAUAUUGGUAUUCAUCAACUAUGGUGUAAGUGAAGCCAAAACAAACGUCUUGUCCGCUGUGAGUGUUUUGCUAGUAGUUUUAUCGCUACCAUUUUCAUCUAUGUGGGCAUCAGCAGCAAAUAAUAAUCCUACACCCACAUCAUCAACAUUGGCAUUCUUAAAUAGAUCCGAAUCUAAUAACUCGGAUAACAGCACGAUAGUGGGAAACAGGUUUUCUUUAUUUCCAAGCAAAUUAUCAAAAAGCUCUACUACAACAAGCUCCAGUAUAGAUAAGACCACGAAAGACGUACUGCACACCAUUUCUCAUGAUCACGAAGAUCUGCCAACGACUUUGACAGAUUUCAGGCUACAGAACGAUCAAAGUUUCUAUUUUUCAAACGUGAGUGCUCCACCGAGCGAUAUCGAACAAAUAAUUUAUGGUGUGACUAAUGAUGAUCUAGAAACUACAAACAAAUGUUUGAAUUGUAGCUCUAAAAGAGAGUCUAUUGACAGAGCCUUAGAUAACGCAAGCACAAAUGGCUUUGUUGCUGUGACAACCCAUAAUGUGAAUCAAUAG